CUACUUAUUAUAAUCCAUUGAAUCCAAAGGUCACAAAUUUUUCUUUUUAAAAAUUCUAUGGCCGAUGGAGAUUGGGGGCAUAGACAUUAGACACUUGGAAGUAGAAUACUCCGUUUAUUUCAAUCUAUGGUAGGUACUAGGUAGGUACUAAUAAAAAGUAUCGUACCUAUGAAAAACAGAAAACAUUUUUCGGUUAUAUUAUGUGGGUCACUGAUCAAGGCAAAUAAAUAAAUGUUAACUAUUAUUAAGUGUAUUGUAUAGAAAAUAAAACACUUGUAAAGUUUGUAAUAAAGUUGCUGAAACUACUGUGCUAUAGAAACCAACAUGGCCGUAAAGAUGUGUAAUUAUUUCUGAGAACGUACGUGUUUUUACAUUUUCUUUACGAUGGCUAAACGAAGAUCAGUAAAGAAGAAUGUCAAGGAUGUAAAAGUAGCAGGAGCAACUGCCACGGGGACAAAAUCAAGUGUAGAACCGACUAAACAUGUUGAAGAUACAAAUAUAAUAAAUACUGAAGCUAUGCCUCUGGGCUCUGCUAGCCUUGUUAUGAUGAAAAUGUGUAGAUUAUGUGAAACGAAAGACGGUCCAUUUCAUAACAUAUUUGGUGCUGAAAGUAUGACUGCCAAGAAAAUUGAUGACAUUAUGCCUUUUGUGGUUGCUGAAAAUGAUGAUCUACCUCAUAAAAUAUGUUUUCGAUGUUCAGCAAAAGUAGAGGAACUAUAUGAGUUUAUACAAAAAUGUAUUAAAACACAGGAGAGUUUGAGAAAGGCGUUAGGAAAAAGUGAGCCAAUUACACAGAAAGUAAAGCAGAGAACUCUUUGGGAGGAGAAGCUAAAUGAAUCUAAUAUGUCUAAUGAUGAUAUUUGUAAUGCUCUCAUAAGAAAAGCUAUGGAAGGUAUUAAAGACAUCCCAAUUAUGCCCCUUAUAGAGACUGAUAAGGAAGAACCGAAAAAAGAUCUGAAGAAAGAAAAAGAUGUAAAGUCCAAAGAAAAGGAAAAUAAAAGCAAAGAACCUGAUAUAAAAAGACCAAACACAAGACAUGGUCAAAAGGAUAAUGAAAGAGAAAAAGAAGCAUCCAAAUUGUCUAAAAACUUAGAAGAUGAAACUGAAAAAGUAGUAAAACCAAAAGAUGAAAAAUCUGCCGAUAAACUAAAUACAACAAGUGCUUUGAGUUUUGACUAUUUCCCCAGUGAGGAGAUAAAGGAGACGCCAAAGCCUUUUAAUAUUAUGGAUCACGUCAGUACAAUAAAAGUGAAUGGAGUUGGUAUUUUAUUUCAGUGUAAGUUAUGUAAUCGAAAUUUCCUUAAAAAAGAAGUUGUUAUGUCACAUGGUUGUUCUAAAAAUGGUGGAAAAAAGAUUGCGGAAGAAGUUAAAACGAUAGCGCCGGAGCCACCAAAAAUACCAUUAAUAAAAUAUAUAAAUACAAAACCCAAAAGUGAAUUAAUAAAUAAGCUGAGUGAUUCACCGAUUAGUAUUGAUGAUGAUGACGAUGAGGAUGAUAAACCUUUAGUUCUUAAAAAACCUAAACCCAGAAUUGGUCCAGCUAGUAAAGUUAGGCGCAAUGAGAACAAAUCACCCGUGCCACAAAUGUCAGCUAUGUCUACAGAAGAAACUGCCAAAACUAUUGUGAAUGCAUUUUCAAUGUCUCACCAGCAGCCUACCGCUCCGUUGAGUAUUCAAUCCCCUUCUCUUCCACUUCCAAUGGGAAACUUAUUGAAUAAUAGAUAUAAAUUAGUUCCCGGUCCAAAUAAUUCACUUAUGUUAGUUGAAGAUAAAACAGAAUCAGCAGGUCCAUCAAGUGAACAACAGUCUGAUAACACUGCAGCGAAAAAAAACGUUCCCAAACCUAGUCCAGCUGAACCUCCAACACUUCCCAGUGACCAACCAUACCCUGUUAGAUUAAUUAAAAAAGUUUCUCAUGACUCUCCAUACCCAACAUUGCCGGGAUCUUUCACAACGCCAGCGAUGAAAAAGCAGUCCUACACAGUAGUUCAAACUGGGAACCCCAGCAAACUAUUAAUAUCUACAAAACCACAGCCUGCGGAAGAAAUUCCUAAGAAGAAGACAAGGAAAUCACCUCCCGGGGAGAUUAAUCAAACCAAACCCUACACCCAAGUAGUGGAGUCAGACAAUCAAGCAAAGAAUUCGGGGUUUUUCACAUUUGUUAAUGUCGAUCCGUCUUUGCAACCUUUAUAUGUAUUACCCACCAAUAAUAUAAUACAGGAAUCGCAAAUAUCGACAUCGACAACAGCCAAACCGAAUGACAAAGCGAAAGAUGAAUAUUCAUGUAAUAUGUGUGGAGAGAAAUUUUCAAGAGAAAAGAAAUUACUCACACACAUACAAAGUCAUUAUAAAAAAAUGGAUGAAGAAGACCAACUAAGGGCACAGAAAAAUCCUAAAAAACGGAAAUCUAACAAUACAUAACAUAAAACAUGUAUGUUAUAUUCUUUGUUUUAAUUUUAUGCAUUUCUUUAGUCUGUAUUAAUUAAGAUUAGAUUUAUUCAUUAAAUUGUUUAUACAAUUGUC